CAGAAUUAAGGGAAGCUGUGUGGAAAACGGACCGGACAGCAUAUUGUCCGGAAAAAAUACCGAGACAUUUAAUUUUCUUUUAUUUAAAAUAGUACCUUUUUUUUAAGGGUGUUCUUCUUUAUGAACACCCUUUGCGUUCGGUCACACACAGACGCAGAAGACAAAAACAGUCUCCUGCGUCUGUGCGACCGAUUGUUUACGUCUUUACUUUCAACGCGCAGAUUUUUUGAAGACAUCGCAACAGUGCAGUGGACAGACCACAAAUGGAUAUGAAAGAUAUUCCAGUUGCAGCGGUGACUCAUAUGCAGCGGGAGCAAGCCAAACGUGUUGUCUAUUCACUGUUAUAUGGUGCAGGUAAGGAAAGUCUUUCCGAUCGCUUAGGAAUUACUGUGUCACAGGCUGGCCAAUUCAUAGAGAGCUUUCUGCAAAAGUACCAGAAGGUCCGUGAUUUUACACAAGAAACAAUUCAGCAAUGCCACAAGCAAGGGCCUCUGCUGAAAAUGUGCUUUUCCCAGUCUGACUUUCCAGGGUAUGUUAUUUCCAUCAUGGGACGUAAACGACCUUUGCCACAUAUCAAUGAAUGGAAUUAUAAUUUGCGAACUCAGGCAGAGAGACAAGCUGUGAACUUUGUAGUACAAGGAUCUGCUGCUGACAUCUGCAAAAUGGCUAUGAUCGAAAUUUUUAAUUCUCUAGCUACAUCUUCAACAUUAACAGCCAGACUGAUUGCACAGAUUCAUGAUGAACUCUUGUUUGAAGUAGAAGAUUCACAGAUUGUUGAAUUUUCAGCACUUCUUAAAAGGACCAUGGAGUCAAUGCAGUCAUUAGAUGCUUUUGGAGUUCACUUAAAGGUUCCUUUACAAGUGACACUUACUUACGGAAAGUCCUGGGGAACAAUGAAAGAAAUGUAGCAUUGAAAGAACUAAAGCUGUACACAGUUCUUCUGUGGUGUACUUCUGUUACUGUAUGAUGACUCCACUAUUUUCCCUUAUAUUUACACUUCAGAAUGUACAAUAACAAACUAUUUUAUUUGCCUUUUACAAGUUUGGAUUGUUAUUUUACACUUUAUUGUAUUACUUUCAGUGAAGGUAAACAGCAAUCAAUUGUGUUUACUGUCUUCAUAACAACUGCAAAUAAAUCUUAUAUAACAAAA